CAAAGAAAAAUAUAAUUUUUGUUAAAUUUCCCUUGUAAACCUCAAAAAAUAUGUACAUAUAAUCAGCUAAAAAAACUCUAAAUUAUUGAUGUACCUUCUCUUCCAUUUACUUCUCUUACUUAAUAUUUCACAUAAUUCAAUAUUUUGGUAUUUACUCCACUUUGAAAAAGUCAAAGAAUAUUUCCUGGAAGCUGCGAUAUAAAGUGACAGUUUUGACUGUUUCAGAGUUUAUCCACUCAAUCAAAGCAAAAGUCAGGAGCACCAUUUUCGCUUUGAAUAUAGGGUUUUUAGAGUAAAUUAACGUGUAUGAUUAUUUUCCAAGCACGACUUCAGAUAGACUAGAAUGCAAAAGAACAAAGUUAUGUUGUUUUUAAAUCAUUAACGAUAAGAUCCUUCGCAUCUUUUGAAAGACUACAGAAAGAUGAUUUUGUUUUUUAUUUGUACUCUUGGAACAACGUUACUGAUAGAUUAUUUCGUUUCUAUUCUGUUGUUCGUUAGCACUUGGAACAACAUUCACAAUCUGAUAUAAAGAGCUUAGCUGUCAAAAUCAUUAAGAAGAAACAACCAAAUUAUUGGUUAAUAAUUAGGCAAUGACGUGAAGAUCAUAGUAAUAUAAACACUCAUCUUGGAAGAAGUUGGAGGCCUGCACACACCCCUCUUGAAUCUUGAACCAGCCAACAAAGAACGAUGAUUCUGAAAUUGGUAUACCAUUUCAUGAUUUUGAUACUAUGGUUUAUACAUGUAGAUGUAUCUGCACAAGGUGACCUAUAUGUAGCAAAGCCUGGCUGUGAUUCGCAGUGUGGAGAUCUUCAAAUUCCCUUUCCCUUUGGAAUGAAGAGUUCAGAAUGUUACGCAGGGAAAUGGUUUGAAAUAGAAUGCAGAAACACUUCCACAUAUCAAACACCUUACCUCAAGUCAAUAGGAGUGGAAGUAACAUCCAUUGAUGUGGAAGGAGGCACGGUUACUAUCAAUAAUCCCAUUAACCGUGAUAACUGCGGAACCAAACAUUCUCCGGCGGUGAACCAGUCGUUGGAAGGAAGCCCUUUUGUGUAUUCGCAGGAACACAACAAAUUUGUUGCCGCAGGUUGCAAUAUUAUUGUUUUUUUGCAGGUAAAUGGGACAGAAAGUAGUGGUUGUGUGUCGAUCUGCGACGAGGACUUGAAGGUGGAUGAUAUUGGAAAAAUGGAGCUUAAAAACAGUGAUUGUAAUGGGAAGAACUGCUGUCAGAAUUCCCUGCCACCGUAUCUUAAGGAAUACAGCACCCAAGUAAAAGGUUUGAAGGAGAAUGUAACGGAUGGUGAGUGCAGUUACGCCAUGGUUAUACAGCAAAAUCUGAACUCAUACGACUACCUAAGCUAUCCUUACUAUGCUCCCAAAAGCUACUAUUUUCCUGUGAAUGGUGAGAUGAAGGAUUUAGAUGUGGUCCCUGUGGUGCUUGAAUGGGAGAUUCUCAACAAUAUGAACCUUAAUCUCCCAACACUUUCUCAGUGUUAUGACACUAAUGUUACUUCUUCACGGUAUAAACGCUCAGGUCAGAGAUGUUCCUGCUUAGGCGGUUCCAGUUUCGGUUCCAACCCCUACCUUGAGGGAGGUUGUUCGGCCGAUUAUUCGGUCUACCAGAAUUCGCCAAGUCACCUAACAAUAUCCGUCAUAAAAGGAAUUUCUAUAAGCUUUGGAUCUAUCAUUUUACUUCUGAUUUUAUGGCGGGUGUUCAAGGUUACAAAAAAAACCAUAGUGAAGAAAUGGAGAGAAAAAUUCUUCAAAAAAAAUGGUGGAUUAUUGUUACAACAAAGAUUGUCCUCUGGUGAAAUAAACGUGGAUAAAGUUAAACUCUUCAGCUUAAAAGAAUUGCAGAAGGCCACUGAUAACUUCAAUGCAAAUAGAGUACUUGGAAAAGGCGGUCAAGCUACUGUUUAUAAAGGCAUGUUAAUAGAUGGAACGAUUAUUGCAGUGAAAAAAUUUAAGGUCCAAGGAAAGAUUGAAGAAUUUAUUAAUGAAUUCGUCAUCCUUUCACAAAUUAACCACAGGAACGUGGUUAAGUUGUUAGGAAGUUGUUUGGAGACUAAAAUUCCUUUGCUUGUCUAUGAAUUCAUUCCUAAUGGCAAUCUUUUUGAGUACUUGCAUCAACAAAAUGAGGAUCUGCCAAUGACAUGGGAGAUGCGUUUGAGAAUUGCCACUGAAGUUGCAGGAGCCUUGUUUUACUUGCACUCUGCUGCUUCUCAGCCUAUUUAUCAUAAAGAUAUCAAGUCAACAAAUAUACUAUUGGAUGAAAAGUAUAGGGCAAAAGUAGCAGACUUUGGUACAUCAAGAAUGAUUUCUAUUGAUGUUACUCACCUUACUACAGUAGUUCAAGGAACAUUUGGAUACUUGGACCCUGAAUUUUUUCAAACUAGUCAAUUCACAGAAAAAAGUGAUGUCUACAGCUUUGGAGUUGUUCUUGUUGAACUUUUAACUGGGCAAAAGCCAAUAACCCUCCUAAGUCAAGAGGAAGCCAAAAGUUUAGCUUCAUAUUUCAUCAUGUGUGUGGAGGAAAAUUGUGUGUUUGAUAUUAUUGAUGAAAGAGUGAUGAAAGAAGGGGAAAAAGAUCAUAUUAUGAAAGUUGUCAACCUUGCAAGUCAAUGUUUAAAGCUGAAUGGAAAGAGGCGACCAACUAUGAGAGAAAUCACCUUGGAAUUAGAGGGUAUUCGAAAAUUGGUAAAGGAGUCUAAUGCACAAGAGUUACAUAAUGAGUUUGUUAGAAGCGAAGACUGUCAAUCUUGGGAUGAUAAUUCUAUUAUAUCAGAAAUAAUAUCAACUUUUGAUCUAAGUAGCAGAACAACAAUCUUGAAAGAUGUUCACAUUGUUACCAUAUGAUCGGUAAGUAUUUUUAUUUUUGUGUUAAGUAAAGUACCGAAAAACAGAACAGAA